AUGGAGGGCAUGAACAAUGGCCUCCCCUGUGGUGGUGCUGCAGUUUGUAAGAGCGCUAUGUGCCGCACACAGGAAGGCAGAUUCUACGGUCUUCGAGCGAAAAUUGGCGUGUGGGGCUCAGAAAACAUAGGCCAUUCCCAAGUGUCAGGAGCGUGCAUAGCUGCCUUUAGCCAACAAGCAGAAGGUGUCAAUACCUUCGAAGUUGGAUUUCAUGUGUUUCCUGAGUUGUAUAAUAACAGCGACGUCCAUUUCUAUACAUUUUGGACAAGGGAUGCGUACUCAAAGACAGGCUGCUACAAUUUGAGAUGCCCAGGAUUCGUGCCUGCAAGCGGCGCUGCACUUUAUCCAGGCCAAGCAGUUGCUCCUACCUCAAGUUAUAAUGGAGAAGAUCGCUACAUCAUAAUUAGUUUGCACACGGAUCCUGAUACUGGAGACUGGGUAGUGUACCGAGAUGACCUAGACACACCCUCAUUCUUGGGACAUUUUCCAAGAGAUCUCUGCCCUGAUAUGACUGGAAGUGCCUCUCGAGUAGCAUGGAGCGGAUUUGUGAGCUACCCCAAGAACGGAAGAGGCCCUCCCAUGGGCAGUGGCCAUUUCGCUGAAGAAGGUGACAGGAGAGCGGCAUACUUCAAGAACAUGAAGCUCUUCGACUCCAAAGGCCAUGCCCAGGACCCUGUUCCAAGUAGCUUGGAGUGCAUGGCUGACAGGCUAGAGUGUUAUGACCGUAGUCUAGUUUAUCUUGCAGUGAAGGAUGGGUACUUGUUCUACUAUGGAGGACCAGCAGGUUGUGUUGGUUAA